AUGGAUCGAUUUGUUCUGCUGAUGGGAUCAGGCGGUCAGAUUGGAAUCAAAAUAGGAAGUCAGUUCUCUGGGGGUCUUCUACAGAAACGAAAUGCUUCUCUCAGAAUUUCAGCUAACUUGAACAUCAUCCCACCACUGCUGACAAAUCUAGCAAUAACAUCUGCUAACCCUGCUCACAAUGGCCGUGUGUGCAGCACAUGGGGAAACUUCCAUUUCAAGACCUUUGAUGGAGACAUAUUCACCUUCCCUGGGCUCUGUAAUUAUGUUUUUGCCUCCCACUGCAAUGCUCCCUACGAGGACUUCAACAUCCAGAUUAGGCGUGAAAUGGUGGCAAACACUUCGACUGUCAACCGCAUCACCAUGAAACUCGAAGGUGUCGUUGCAGAACUAACAAAGGGUGCUGUCCUGGUCGAUGGCAACAGGGUUCAACUGCCAUACAGUCAAUCUGGUAUUACAAUAGAGAAGAGCAGCGUUUAUGUGAAAGUUGGCAGCAAAAUCGGUGUUGUGUUGCUGUGGAAUGAAAAGGACAGCAUUCUGCUGGAAUUGAAUGAAAAAUAUGCCAAUCAGACUUGUGGACUUUGUGGUGACUUCAAUGGCUUUCCCAUAUACAAUGAGUUCAUUUCAAACAAUAUUAAGAUGACAGCCUUGCAGUUUGGGAAUAUGCAGAAAAUGGAUGGGCCAACAGAACAUUGUGAAGACUCCACUUCUCUCCCAACAUAUAACUGCCCUGAUAAUCUUGAUGACAUAUGCGAGAAAACAUUGACCAGCUCUGCAUUUGCAGAGUGUAAUGACCUAGUUGAUGUUAAAGAUUACAUUAAGGUUUGCCAAGAUGACUUGUGCCGCUCUGCAGAAUCUAAAAACAGCUCAUGCAUCUGUGACACCUUUGCUGAGUACUCCCGGCAGUGUGCUCAUGCUGGUGGGCAGCCCCUGGACUGGAGAACUUCAAAACUGUGCCCCAAGAAGUGUCCUUACAACAUGCAGUACCAGGAGUGCAACUCCCCCUGUGCUGAUACAUGCACAAAUCCUGAACGAUCUCUGUUUUGUGAAGAACACUGUAUUGAUGGCUGCUUCUGCCCCCCAGGGACCCUGUUUGAUGACAUCAACAAUUCUGGCUGCAUUCCCCAGCAGGAGUGCUCCUGUAUUUACAAUGGCAAAACCUAUGCUACAGGAUCUUCUUUUUCAGAGCCAUGCCAGACCUGUACCUGUAAUGGAGGCCAGUGGAGCUGCCAAGACAAGUCAUGCCCAGGGACAUGCUCUGUAGUGGGGGGUUCCCACAUUUCCACAUAUGAUAAGAAGCACUACGAUCACCACGGAGAUUGCACUUACGUCCUCUCUAAGGACUGUAAAGAUGAAAAAUUUACCAUUCUGGCAGAACUACGCAAGUGUGGCCUAACUGACACUGAGACCUGCUUAAAGUCAGUGACCCUCAACAUGAAUAAAGGACAAACUAUCGUCGAGGUCAAACCUGAUGGUGGUGUGUUUGUGAACUCCAUCUACACCCAGCUGCCCAUGUCAGCAGCUAAUGUCACCAUGUUCAGACCUUCCUCAUUCUUCAUGAUCAUGGACACAAGCUUUGGCGUCCAGGUUGAAAUACAGUUCAUACCCACGAUGCAAGUGUUCGUGCAUCUGGAUGCUUCUUUCAAAAACCAGACUUGUGGUCUCUGUGGAAAUUUCAAUAACAUCCAAACUGAUGACUUCAAGGUCAUAAGUGGAAUAAUUGAAGGAACUGCAUCAGCAUUUGCUAAUACAUGGAAAACUCAGGCCUCAUGCCCUAAUAUCCAGCAGAGUUUUGAGAAUCCUUGUGCACUCAGCAUUGAUAACGAAAAAUAUGCUCAGCAUUGGUGUGGACUACUCACCGACACCACAGGACCUUUUGCUGCUUGUCACUACACAGUGAAUCCCGCUGUUUACCACACGAACUGCAUGUUUGACACAUGUAACUGUGAAAAUAGUGAAGAUUGUCUCUGUGCAGCCCUGUCUGCCUAUGUAAGAGCUUGUGCUGCAAAAGGAAUCCAGCUGCAGGGAUGGAGGACUGAUGUCUGCUCAAAAUACACCACUUCAUGUCCCAAAUCCCUGAGCUACAGCUAUACCAUCUCUUCCUGUCAACCCACCUGCCGGUCUCUGAGUGAGCCUGAUGUCACAUGCAAUAUUAAGUUUGUCCCAGUUGACGGCUGCACUUGUGUAAGUGGAACCUACAUGGAUGAGAGUGGCAAAUGUGUGCCUGCUAAUGAAUGCCCCUGCUAUUACAGAGGAUCUCCUAUACCAUUUGGAGAAGUGGUCCAUGAAAAUGGGCGUGUAUGCACUUGUGUCAAGGGAAGACUGAAUUGCAUUGGAGAACCAAAUGAAACUGCAGUCUGUAAAUCUCCCAUGGUCUAUUUUGACUGUAAAAACAACACAGCAGGAACAACUGGAACAGAAUGUCAAAAAAGUUGCCAGACUCUGGAUAUGCAAUGUUAUAGCUCACAAUGUACAUCUGGCUGUGUGUGCCCAGAUGGGCUUGUGUUAGAUGGGAAUGGUGGUUGCAUUCCUGAAGAAGAAUGUCCAUGUAUCCACAAUGAAGCCAUGUAUCAGCCUGGGGAAAAGAUCAACUUCGACUGUAACACCUGUGUAUGCAAGAAGAGGAAGUGGGAAUGUACCAAAGAUCAAUGUCUGGGCACGUGUGCUAUUUAUGGAGAUGGCCAUUAUAACACCUUUGAUGACAAAAGGUUCAGCUUCAAUGGAAAUUGUGAAUACACACUAGUCCAGGACCACUGUGGAAAAAGUAGCACAGUCAAUGGGACCUUCAGGGUUGUCACUGAAAAUAUUCCCUGUGGCAACACCGGGACAACUUGCUCAAAAUCUAUCAAAGUUUUCUUAGAGAGCUAUGAACUGAUCCUUGGUGAAGAGCGUGUCAGUGUUGUAAAGAGAGGACAGAAUGACAAGGUGCCAUAUACAGUCCGCUCCAUGGGAAUGUACUUGGUAGUUGAGACCAAAAGCGGACUGAUCCUCAUGUGGGACAAGAAAACAAGCAUCUUCAUCAAGCUCAGCCCUGAUUUCAAGGGCCAGGUCUGUGGUCUCUGUGGAAAUUAUGAUGGCAACAGCAUCAAUGACUUUACUACAAGGACUCAAUCUGUAGUAGAGAAUGUCCUAGAGUUUGGAAACAGCUGGAAAGUAUCCUCUACAUGCCCUGAUGCUUCCAGUGUCAAGGACCCAUGUUCUGCCAACCCUUAUCGAAAGUCUUGGUCAGAGAAGCAGUGUAGCAUCAUUAACAGCAACGUCUUUUCUGCUUGUCACUCUCAGGUUGAACCAGCAAAAUAUUACCAAGCUUGUGUGACAGACGCUUGUGCCUGUGACACUGGAGGAGACUGUGAUUGCUUUUGUACUGCAGUAGCUGCCUAUGCUCAAGCAUGUAGUGAAGUUGGUGUAUGCAUAGCCUGGAGAAGCCCAACAAUUUGUCCACUGUUCUGUGAUUACUACAAUCAGCAAGGAGAAUGUGAAUGGCAUUAUAAGCCUUGUGGUGCUUCCUGUAUGAAGACCUGCAAGAAUCCAAGUGGAAAAUGUCUCAAUGACUUGUCAGGUUUAGAAGGCUGCUACCCUAACUGUCCACCAGACAAACCAUAUUUUCACGAGGAUCAGAUGAAGUGUGUUAGUCUCUGUGACUGUUAUGAUGAUGAAGAUGGAAAGAUAUAUAAACGGGAUGAAUGUAAUAUAUGUGAGUGCACAUCAGAAGGUUUGCAGUGCAAGUUUGAUGAUAAAGCCUGCAACUGCAUUUAUGAAGAGAAUAGCUAUAAAUAUGGUGAACUCAUCUACAACACCACAGAUGGAACUGGAUGGUGUUUCAGUGCAACAUGUGAUGUCAAUGGAACAAUAAGCAGAAACAUCUUUAAAUGUGGCAUUUUUACAACAACCCCAUUUACAUUUUCCACAAGUCAGCCCACAACUACUGCUCCAGAAAUUACAGAAAUUACAACUGCAACACCAGUGACAACUGUAUGUGUGAAAAAUGUCUGUAUGUGGUCAGAAUGGUAUGAUUCCACUCAGCCUGAAAACAAAGAGGACAGUGGAGAUUAUGAAACAUUUCAAAAUCUCAAGGAAAAAGGAUACAGUGUGUGUACAAACCCAAGCGAUGUUCAGUGCAGAGCCAAAGAACACCCAGAUACUGAAAUUACCAACCUUAACCAAACAAUAGAGUGCAGUCAAAGCAGAGGAUUAAUAUGCAAUAACCAGGACCAAGAAUCUAAGCAGUGCUACAAUUAUGAAAUCAGAGUAUCAUGCUGCAGAUACAUACCAUGUUCAAAAGUACAAACUACAACACCAACAACCACAAGAGAAUUCACAACUACUGCAGUAGAAUCAACACCAUUUACAGUACAGACAACACUAAUACCAACAACACAAAAACAAAAAAGUGAAAUAACUACAACACCACUGAGAGACAGAGAAAAAACAACUCCUCUGACAGAAACAUCAAUAACAGCAACGACGUCACUAGUCUCAACAACAGGUUACCAAAGCACAACUACUACAACAGAAACCUCCACUGUGGUAACCCAAGCUCUAUCAUCAGCCAAUACUAUCUCCACUCUCCCAGAAUCAACACCAGAAACCACUCAUGGCACGAAAAUAAUCUCCAGUACUACUACACUGCCAAAGCAAGGCACAACUGUCACUACACCCACACCAGGAAUGCCUACCCAAGCUACCACCAGUGUCAGCACCUCCACAACCACCACAGAAAGCACCACUACAUCUACAGAAGAAACACUUCCAACUGUAUUAUCCACUGUUGCUAUUCAAACAUCACCAAUUACUACCUCCACCCAUGAAAUAAAAAUAAGAAUCACCACUGGCACCACAGAAGUCCCCAGCACGACGGCCCAGGCCAGAGAGGGCACAACCAACAUUGCAACCACCACCAGCACCUCUCCUCCACAAACUGAAGGUGCAACAACCAUCACCUCACCCACAACAACAGUGCCCACACCAGCCACCAGUACUGCCAGCACCUCAAGGACUACCGAGGGAAGUAGCACAAGUGCCUCAGCCACAUCAGCUCCAGGAGAAACCUCCAGUGCAGCAACUCAGGCUCCAACAUCUCCCAUAACAAGCUCUAAAGUCAAAAUAAGAACCACCAUUGGCACCACAGCUAUCCCCAGCACCACGGCCCAGGCCAGAGAGGGCACAACCAUCAUUGCAACCACCACUAGCACCUCUCCUCCUCAGACUGAAGGUACAACCACCAUCACCCCACCCACAACAACAGUGCCUUCCCCAUCCACGACCACUGUCCGCAUUUCCAAUACCACAGACAACUGCGUGGUGGAGCGCUGUGCCUGGACACAGUGGUAUAACGUGGAUUCCCCUACUCCAGGCAGUGAAAAUGGAGAUUUAGAGACAUUUGAAAACAUCCGAGCCGCUGGGUAUGAGUUGUGUGACAAGCCACAAGACAUCAAGUGCCGAGCUAAAGAUUACGCUGACAAAAUUGUGGAAAUAAUGGGACAGAAAUUUGAAUGUAGCCUUCAGAAGGGGCUUGUGUGCAGAAAUAGGGAUCAGACUGUCAAGUACCCCACGUGCUUCGACUACGAGGUCUCAGUGUUGUGCUGUGACCGAAAACACUGUCAGACAACAGUAGCACUGCCAGAAACAACUGCAAGCACCUCCACAACAUACGCCCAAGAAGAAACAACCACAAUAGCAACCCAGCCUGCAGCAACACCAACUGCUCUCCCCACGCUUCCACAGCGAGAAACAACAACCACUACAGGAACAACAAGUGGACUCUCAACACAAGAAACCACUAUCAUCACCUCAAGAUACACAGAGCCUAAACAAGCCACCAGCACUGCCUCCACCACAAGGACCACUGCAAGAAGCACAAGUGCCUCAGCCACUUCAGCUCCAGGAGAAACCUCCAGUGCAGCAACACAGGCUCCAACAACUCCCAUAACAACCUCCAACAUUAAAAUAAGAACCACCACUGGCACCACAGCCCCAGCCAGGGAGAGCACAACCAUCAUUGCAACCACCACCAGCACCUCUCCUCCUCAGACUGAAGGUGCAACAACCAUCAUCCCAACGACAACAGAGCCCACGCCAGUCACAAGUACGGCCAGCACCUCAAGGACUACCGAGGGAAGUAGCACAAGUGCCUCAGCCACAUCAGCUCCAGGAGAAACCUCCAGUGCAGCAACUCAGGCUCCAACAUCUCCCAUAACAAGCUCUAAAGUCAAAAUAAGAACCACCAUUGGCACCACAGCUAUCCCCAGCACCACUGCCGCAACAAGAGAGGGCACAACCAUCAUUGCAACCACCACUAGCACCUCUCCUCCUCAGACUGAAGGUACAACCACCAUCACCCCACCCACAACAACAGUGCCUUCCCCAUCCACGACCACUGUCCGCAUUUCCAAUACCACAGACAACUGCGUGGUGGAGCGCUGUGCCUGGACACAGUGGUUUAACGUGGAUUCCCCUACUCCAGGCAGUGAAAAUGGAGAUUUAGAGACAUUUGAAAACAUCCGAGCCGCUGGGUAUGAGUUGUGUGACAAGCCACAAGACAUCAAGUGCCGAGCUAAAGAUUACGCUGACAAAAUUGUGGAAAUAAUGGGACAGAAAUUUGAAUGUAGCCUUCAGAAGGGGCUUGUGUGCAGAAAUAGGGAUCAGACUGUCAAGUACCCCACGUGCUUCGACUACGAGGUCUCAGUGUUGUGCUGUGACCGAAAACACUGUCAGACAACAGUAGCACUGCCAGAAACAACUGCAAGCACCUCCACAACAUACGCCCAAGAAGAAACAACCACAAUAGCAACCCAGCCUGCAGCAACACCAACUGCUCUCCCCACGCUUCCACAGCGAGAAACAACAACCACUACAGGAACAACAAGCGGACCCUCAACACAAGGAACCACUAUCAUCACCCCAAGAUACACAGAGCCUAAACAAGCCACCAGCACUGCCUCCACCACAAGGACCACUGCAAGAAGCACAAGUGCCUCAGCCACUUCAGCUCCAGGAGAAACCUCCAGUGCAGCAACACAGGCUCCAACAUCUCCCAUAACAACCUCCAACAUUAAAAUAAGAGCCACCACUGGCACCACAGCCCCAGCCAGGGAGAGCACAACCAUCAUUGCUACCACCACCAGAACCUCUCCUCCUCAGACUGAAGGUACAACCACCAUCAUCCCAACAACAACAGAGCCCACACCAGUCACAAGCACAGCCAGCACCUCAAGGACUACCGAGGGAAGUAGCACAAGUGCCUCAGCCACUUCAGCUCCAGGAGAAACCUCCAGUGCAGCAACUCAGGCUCCAACAUCUCCCAUAACAACCUCUAAAGUCAAAAUAAGAACCACUGCUGGAACAACAGGUGUCCCCAGCACCACGGCCCAGGCCAGAGAGGGCACAACCAUCAUUGCAACAACCACUAGCACCUCUCCUCCUCAGACUGAAGGUACAACCACCAUCACCUCACCCACCACAACAGUGCCCACACCAGCCACCAGUACUGCCAGCACCUCAAGGACUACCGAGGGAAGUAGCACAAGUGCCUCAGCCACUUCAGCUCCAGGAGAAACCUCCAGUGCAGCAACUCAGGCUCCAACAUCUCCCAUAACAACCUCUAAAGUCAAAAUAAGAACCACUGCUGGAACAACAGGUGUCCCCAGCACCACGGCCCAGGCCAGAGAGGGGACAACCAUCAUUGCAACCACCACCAGAACCUCUCCUCCUCAGACUGAAGGUACAACCACCAUCACCUCACCCACCACAACAGUGCCCACACCAGCCACCAGUACAGCCAGCACCUCAAGGACUACCGAGGGAAGUAGCACAAGUGCCUCAGCCACUUCAGCUCCAGGAGAAACCUCCAGUGCAGCAACUCAGGCUCCAACAUCUCCCAUAACAACCUCUAAAGUCAAAAUAAGAACCACUGCUGGAACAACAGGUGUCCCCAGCACCACUGCCACAGUAAGAGAGGGCACAACCAUCAUUGCAACCACCACCAGAACCUCUCCUCCUCAGACUGAAGGUACAACCACCAUCACUCCACCCACCACAACAGUGCCCACACCAGCCACCAGUACUGCCAGCACCUCAAGGACUACCGAGGGAAGUAGCACAAGUGCCUCAGCCACUUCAGCUCCAGGAGAAACCUCCAGUGCAGCAACUCAGGCUCCAACAUCUCCCAUAACAACCUCUAAAGUCAAAAUAAGAACCACUGCUGGAACAACAGGUGUCCCCAGCACCACGGCCCAGGUCAGAGAGGGUACAACCAUCAUUGCAACCACCACCAGAACCUCUCCUCCACAAACUGAAGGUGCAACAACCAUCACCUCACCCACCACAACAGUGCCCACGCCAGCCACCAGUACUGCCAGCACCUCAAGGACUACCGAGGGAAGUAGCACAAGUGCCUCAGCCACUUCAGCUCCAGGAGAAACCUCCAGUGCAGCAACUCAGGCUCCAACAUCUCCCAUAACAACCUCUAAAGUCAAAAUAAGAACCACUGCUGGAACAACAGGUGUCCCCAGCACCACUGCCGCAGUAAGAGAGGGCACAACCAUCAUUGCAACCACCACUAGCACCUCUCCUCCUCAGACUGAAGGUACAACCACCAUCACCCCACCCACCACAACAGUGCCCACACCAGCCACCAGUACUGCCAGCACCUCAAGGACUACCGAGGGAAGUAGCACAAGUGCCUCAGCCACUUCAGCUCCAGGAGAAACCUCCAGUGCAGCAACUCAGGCUCCAACAUCUCCCAUAACAACCUCUAAAGUCAAAAUAAGAACCACUGCUGGAACAACAGGUGUCCCCAGCACCACUGCCACAGUAAGAGAGGGCACAACCAUCAUUGCAACCACCACUAGCACCUCUCCUCCUCAGACUGAAGGUACAACCACCAUCACCCCACCCACAACAACAGUGCCCACACCAGCCACCAGUACAGCCAGCACCUCAAGGACUACCGAGGGAAGUAGCACAAGUGCCUCAGCCACUUCAGCUCCAGGAGAAACCUCCAGUGCAGCAACUCAGGCUCCAACAUCUCCCAUAACAACCUCUAAAGUCAAAAUAAGAACCACUGCUGGAACAACAGGUGUCCCCAGCACCACGGCCCAGGCCAGAGAGGGGACAACCAUCAUUGCAACCACCACCAGAACCUCUCCUCCUCAGACUGAAGGUACAACCACCAUCACCUCACCCACCACAACAGUGCCCACACCAGCCACCAGUAUUGCCAGCACCUCAAGGACUACCGAGGGAAGUAGCACAAGUGCCUCAGCCACUUCAGCUCCAGGAGAAACCUCCAGUGCAGCAACUCAGGCUCCAACAUCUCCCAUAACAACCUCUAAAGUCAAAAUAAGAACCACUGCUGGAACAACAGGUGUCCCCAGCACCACUGCCACAGUAAGAGAGGGCACAACCAUCAUUGCAACCACCACUAGCACCUCUCCUCCUCAGACUGAAGGUACAACCACCAUCACCCCACCCACAACAACAGUGCCCACACCAGCCACCAGUACAGCCAGCACCUCAAGGACUACCGAGGGAAGUAGCACAAGUGCCUCAGCCACUUCAGCUCCAGGAGAAACCUCCAGUGCAGCAACUCAGGCUCCAACAUCUCCCAUAACAACCUCUAAAGUCAAAAUAAGAACCACUGCUGGAACAACAGGUGUCCCCAGCACCACGGCCCAGGUCAGAGAGGGUACAACCAUCAUUGCAACCACCACCAGAACCUCUCCUCCACAAACUGAAGGUGCAACAACCAUCACCUCACCCACCACAACAGUGCCCACGCCAGCCACCAGUACUGCCAGCACCUCAAGGACUACCGAGGGAAGUAGCACAAGUGCCUCAGCCACUUCAGCUCCAGGAGAAACCUCCAGUGCAGCAACUCAGGCUCCAACAUCUCCCAUAACAACCUCUAAAGUCAAAAUAAGAACCACUGCUGGAACAACAGGUGUCCCCAGCACCACUGCCGCAGUAAGAGAGGGCACAACCAUCAUGGCAACCACCACUAGCACCUCUCCUCCUCAGACUGAAGGUACAACCACCAUCACCCCACCCACCACAACAGUGCCCACACCAGCCACCAGUACUGCCAGCACCUCAAGGACUACCGAGGGAAGUAGCACAAGUGCCUCAGCCACUUCAGCUCCAGGAGAAACCUCCAGUGCAGCAACUCAGGCUCCAACAUCUCCCAUAACAACCUCUAAAGUCAAAAUAAGAACCACUGCUGGAACAACAGGUGUCCCCAGCACCACUGCCACAGUAAGAGAGGGCACAACCAUCAUUGCAACCACCACUAGCACCUCUCCUCCUCAGACUGAAGGUACAACCACCAUCACCCCACCCACCACAACAGUGCCCACACCAGCCACCAGUACUGCCAGCACCUCAAGGACUACCGAGGGAAGUAGCACAAGUGCCUCAGCCACUUCAGCUCCAGGAGAAACCUCCAGUGCAGCAACUCAGGCUCCAACAUCUCCCAUAACAACCUCUAAAGUCAAAAUAAGAACCACUGCUGGAACAACAGGUGUCCCCAGCACCACUGCCGCAGUAAGAGAGGGCACAACCAUCAUUGCAACCACCACUAGCACCUCUCCUCCUCAGACUGAAGGUACAACCACCAUCACCCCACCCACCACAACAGUGCCCACACCAGCCACCAGUACUGCCAGCACCUCAAGGACUACCGAGGGAAGUAGCACAAGUGCCUCAGCCACUUCAGCUCCAGGAGAAACCUCCAGUGCAGCAACUCAGGCUCCAGCAUCUCCCAUAACAACCUCUAAAGUCAAAAUAAGAACCACUGCUGGAACAACAGGUGUCCCCAGCACCACGGCCCAGGCCAGAGAGGGCACAACCAUCAUUGCAACAACCACUAGCAGUGGCUCCUCUUCACCUGAAAUAAAAUUAAGAACCACUACUGGCCCCUCAGCUCUGCUCAGUACGACUCUUCCUCAGUCUGGAAGUACCUCAGGUAUUAAAGAAACUCUUACAACAUUCUUUUCUCCUACUCUAGAAGAUAUUGCUAAAACAGUUUUCUCUGGCAUUACUGUCCCGCUCAGAUCAAAAUCCUGUACCUGUACCUGCAAACUAAAUGAUUACUUGUGUUCAACAGCAACUUCAACUGGUACAUCACAAUCAAGUCAUGUUACAACAAGCACUCUUGCAACCUUCAGUUCUUCCACCAGCACAUCUGUUACAUCCAGCAAAAUAACCCCAUGCUUUUGUCAUGUGUUUGAAACUUUAUUUUCUCCCGGGGAAGUGGUAUACAACAGAACAGAUAGAGCUGGCUGUAAUUUUUAUGCACUUUGCAACAAGGAAUGUGAGAUUGAGCCCUUCUAUGGGCCAUGUCCUCUGACAACUCCUGUUCCUUCAGUUGCCUCCUCAACUACAUCGCAAGCUGCCUCACCAAGCACAGCAACAACCUUCACAACUUCAGUAGAAAGAAACUGUACUGAUGUCAAUCCUGCACGAAAGGUGUUUACAUAUUUUCAGCCUGGAGAGGAGUGGAUAAAUGAAUGCCAGAAGUGUGUCUGUGACUCACUCACUGCUACUGUGCAAUGCCAGCCGCUUCCAUGCCAAACAGCUCAGCAAACAAUUUGUGACCUAGGAUUUGUUUCCAUGGCCGUACUACCACAAAAAGACCCAUGUUGUCCUGAAUUUGAAUGCCAACCAGUACCUGAUGUCUGUGUGAUUAAUGGAACAUUGUACACGGUUGGAAACUCAGUAGUAAUCGAUUCAUGUAAGAAGUGUACUUGCAGUUCUGAGAAAGAUCCAGAGACUAAUGCAAACAUUGUGCAUUGUGAAACAGUUCAGUGUGAGACAUCUUGCCCAUUGGCUUACCGAUACAUGACUGAGGAAGGACAGUGCUGUGGGAAGUGUAUUGAAGUAGCUUGCAAAGUCAAACUCAGUAACAACACUGUUCAUGUGCUCAAUGUUAAUGAGAUCCUGCCACUCGAUCAAUGCAGCCAUUACAAAUGUGAAAAAAUUGAAGAUCAGUUUGUUGCAGUCCAAAGUAAAAAAGUAUGCCCUGAGUAUGACCCCGGAGAGUGUGAUCCUGAUGAAGCAGAGAUUACAUCUGAUGGGUGCUGCAAAAUAUGUAAACCUAAAAACUGCAAGCCUUACACCAAGGAAACUGUGAUCCGCCAUGCUGACUGUGAGUCUUCUGAACCUGUUGAGCUGUCAUAUUGUGAAGGAACUUGUCCUGGCUCCUCACUGUACUCUCUUGAAGCAAACCAGAUGGAACAUAAGUGUGGUUGCUGCCAGGAACUCGGCACCCAAACAAGACAGGUGACCCUGACUUGCCAAAAUGGAACCAGCAUAAAUUAUAACUAUCUCUACGUGGAAAACUGCCAGUGUGUGAAUGGUUGCUCUUCACAAACUACUGCAGCACAGAACUCCCAAUUCCAAAAAUCUGCAAAAUACAGCUCCCAGUUGCAACAGGCUGUAUCACUUGGUUCCCAAUGGCAACUCAGCUGAAGAUACGAUCAUUGGAAAAAGAAAGCAGAGACGCCUAGGGAAGCUGGAAUCAUGUCUUCCUCAGAAUAACUUGUGCUCCUUCUUUAACAUUCUUUUUCCACGUCUUACUUGUAAAAAUUAUUAAAAAAAAAAGUCUAUUAAAUUGUAGUGUUUGGGUUUUUUUUUUAAAUGUUGCAGUAUUAAAGAGU